UAAAGCGAUGUCGUCUUCUAUUGCAAACUCGUUCGAUGAACAAGACGGUGGCUCGCCGGCCGGUUCGUCUCGUCCAUUCGACGAUGGUUACGAAGGUUAUGAUCCUCGCCUCUCCUCCCAGAGGUUUGAAUCUUUCUCAAAUUUUGCUGAGUCUGAGUCCGUCAAGGACUCCGAUUCCCCAGUUUUUACCUCGCAGGCUGCUCCCGAGGGUCAGUCUCCGCCUUCGAUCUACGUUUCCGAUAGUGGAUUCGGUGCUGAUGCUGCGGGAUUCGCUCAUGAAGCUGAUGAAGAGCCUUUAGACAGCGGCUUCGCUGCACCAAACGGACCAGUUCUGCCGCCGCCGUCUGAGAUGCUGCGAGACGAAGGCUACGCUCUUAGAGAAUGGAGGAGGGAAAAUGCCAUUAGACUGGAGGAGAAAGAAAAGCGGGAGAAGGAGGUGCUUGCUCAAAUCAUUGAGGAAGCAGAAGAAUACAAAAUUGAAUUCCAUAAGAAGGUGCAGAUUGCCUGUGAAACUAACAAGUCCAGCAACCGUGAUAGGGAAAAAGUAUUUUUAGCCGGACUAGAGAAAUUUCAUGCUGAGGCCGACAAGGACUAUUGGAAGUCAAUUGCAGAAUUCAUCCCUAAGGAAGUCCCAACCAUAGAAAAGAAGGGAAAGAAGGACAAGGAUAAGAAGCCUUCUAUCACUGUGGUCCAAGGACCUAAGCCUGGUAAACCUACAGAUUUAUCGAGGAUGCGGCAGCUUCUUGUGAAGCUCAAGCAUAACACUCCCAACCACUUGAAGCAUGCUCCAGUCCAAGUCUCUGCAAGUGCUAAGGAUACGAAAUCUGAAACUGCUUCUGCUUCUGAGCCUGCUGCUGUGCCAAUUUCCCGUGAGCCAGUGUCUGUCGCCUGAUUACUCCAUUAAGAUCGUUGCAUUUGCUUGGCAUAGAUUCAGAAGUUAUAGUCCGAAGUUAUAGUAGGGAGGAUGUCUCUUUGUAUAAAGUAUUUCUCAAACUGUUUCCUGCAUUGCUAUUUCAUUUGCUGUAGUCAGUGUCAUGCGCUCAUUAGUGGACGAAACUUCAAUAGUUUUUUGCUGAUUUAAACAUUCUUCCCCCAAUAAGCUUUAUUCUCUUUUUUUUUUUUUUUCAUUUAUGAGGUGAACAAAGUGGAUUUAUCAAAAUGGAACAAAAUGAGUAAUAUUUGUGAUUUCACCGAGUCACCAUAUGUAC